AUGUGCUACAAUCAAGCAAAUACGGAGGGUCCUGCUCAGGCAAACCACGAGACUACUAUAGAUAAGGUGACGCGCUCGCCUAAUCCCAUAGAGUCGGAUAGUUCUCCUACAGACCUGGAUUUGUUAGGGAGUGUGUGUAGUAGGGUAGACAGUAAACUUGGUUUGGACGCAUCAAGGCCAACCACACCUGUCGAUGGGGAUUCGAACUCGCCUAUAGAGUUACGUCAGGAAUGGGAAGCGGUCAGUAUUGAAGAUGACGAUUUGCAUUUGCAUCGAAGUACGCAGAUGCUGGCAUAUAUUGACCACAGUCGCGAGACGAACUCUACGGUAGCGGGUUCACCUUCGUCUGCGAGAUCACUCGCGGAAUCCUCGGAUUCAACGGAACUAAAAGCGCCAAUUAAAAAUCAAGAAUUGUGCACAAAUUUGGUAUAUGUUGAUGCUUCGCUGUCGAAGGCUGAAAAGGUGACAGAAGAUGGAGUAGCAAAUACUUCAGUGAAAGAGCCCAUUCUAAUCAAAAGGAUGCCCUGCUCACGCGGUGUCACGCAAGAUAUUGCUUCGUUCAGUGAGGCUCAAGCGAAGCUGGCAAGUCAGUUCGACGAUCGUCGACGCAGAACAAGGCAGAAAAGGUACAUGUAUGUGUCUCUCAGAACACAAUUGGGUCAUUCAUACCGUUUAAGAGUUCGGGAGGCAGACACAGUAGAGAGAAUCAAGUACAAGGUGUACUCGAACACGGGUAUUCCAAUUGAACAGCAACACCUUGUGAUGAAUGGCAGCGAACUCAAAAAUGAUUCACGUACUGCACUGCAGCACGGUAUACGCAAGGGGUGCUCAAUUACUCUCGUUGUCAAAGUACAUUCCGGUAAUAUACGCAUGGAGUAUGUCCGUCCGGAGUGCUCGUCGCCUGAGCACUUCGACACACCCGUGGUAACUCAACUUAGAAUGGCCGACGGGCGUGUAGAAAUAAUACCCCCGGAAACGAACGCUGUCGAUCUACAAAACUACGUGCGCAAACUCGUUAAUGACGGACAGCAAGUGUCUACUCACAUACAGGUAGGUGGUAAGAGUAUUCUGGUCUGUUUGCGACCACCGUCAACAGAAGUGGAGGAAAGUAUGCUUGGCGUGAUACAGCCAGCAACGAGUGCACAAGAUAAAUCAAAGUCUGUCAACGGAGAACUAGAAACUGUUGCAUCCAAGUUCAAGCAGGAAGGCAGAAACAAGAGAAAGGAAGAUGGAGCUACCAAGAGCAAAAUGGAUGAAAUCCGAGCGAAAUUGGCUGCUCGAAAGCAGGUUAUGAACAAGAAUAAGAUCAAGCCUGUCGGUGGCGUUCACAAAUCGACAAGAAAGUAA